UUUAUGUUAAAUGUGACGCGAAUUUGUUUUGAAGCAAAAAUCAACCUAAACUGUGUAAGGAAUGUAAGUGUAAAUUUUAUCGUUCCAUUGAAUGGCGUCUGCUCGAAACCCUUUACUUGGGUCUCCCCACGUUAAAUAUUCCAAGCUUAGCAGAAGUCCAAAUCUUCAAGAAGACUCCAUCCCAUUAAUGUCAAUGGGCACGUCAGUGAGUGUAUCUGAGUACAGUGAGUUUGAAGUGUCUGUUCCACCUUCUAGAAAAGGUUUCUGUUCAUGUUGUUCAGCAUUUUGGAAAUGUUUUAAAAGUUGUUUUGUACGAAAAGUUGUUCUAAAAUCACGGACCAUUCUGAUUGGCCGUAUUGACCUUGAAGAGAAAUAUCCGGCCAACAAAAUAUGCAACCAGAAAUACAAUAUUCUAACUUUCAUACCAGGGGUCUUAUACAACCAGUUCAAAUUCUUCUUAAAUUUAUAUUUCCUUAUAAUGGCAUGUUCACAAUUUAUUCCAUCAUUGAAGAUAGGAUUCCUAUACACGUAUUGGGCUCCAUUGGGUUUUGUAUUAAGUGUAACUUUAAUACGUGAAGCAUUUGAUGAACUGAAGCGAUACUACAGAGAUAAAGAGAUUAAUUCAACUCAGUAUAAAAAAGUAUUACCGGAUGGUAGCACAACUUUUGUUGCAAGCUCCCAUAUUAAAGUAUCUGAUGUGUUAAUCUUAGAGAAAGAUCAAAGGGUUCCUGCUGAUCUUAUUUUACUCAAAUCCUCGGAAAAAAAUGGCACUUGUUUUAUCCGUACGGACCAACUUGAUGGGGAAACUGAUUGGAAACUUAAACUUGCAAUACCCAGCACACAAGCCAUGGAUAAUUACGCCUCUGUGAUCAACUGUGGUGCUCAUGUGUAUGCAGAUAAACCACACAACGAUAUACACAGCUUUAUUGGUUCUUUUACCAUGAAUGACCCAACCAAAUCAGGUCUCGUGGAAGAAUCACUGAGUAUUGAAAAUGCACUGUGGGCCAACACUGUGGUAGCAUCUGGUACAGCACUUGGUUUGGUUGUUUACACUGGAAAACAUACAAGAAGUGUAAUGAAUACCUCUAACCCAUCCACUAAAAUAGGCUUGGUGGACAAGGAAAUCAACUUUCUCACUAAAAUAUUAUUUGCUGCUGUGAUUAUUCUUUCAUUUGCACUUAUUGCAGUUAAGGGUUUCAAUGGUCCAUGGUACCGCUACAUGUUCAGGUUCAUCAUACUUUUCUCAUAUAUCAUUCCUAUAAGUUUACGUGUCAACUUAGACAUGGGGAAGGCCGUGUAUAGUUGGUUUAUACAGAGGGAUUCAUCUAUACCAGGCACCACUGUGAGGUGUAGCACUAUACCAGAGGAACUGGGGCGGAUAGAUUAUGUGUUGAGUGAUAAGACCGGAACACUCACACAGAAUGAAAUGAUAUUUAAAAGACUUCACAUUGGAACAGUUGCUUAUGGCAGUGACUCCAUGGAUGAGGUGAAAAAACAUUUGCGACAAUUUUAUUCGGAACCGAAAGAUGAUUUAAUUGACGUUGGUUCAACUCCAAACCAUAAGAUGAAGAAGUUAACGACAACUCCAAAGAUAAGGAAAAGUUCCCACACUAAAACUGUAGAGGCUGUUAAAGCAUUAGCAAUAUGCCAUAAUGUGACACCUGUGUAUGAGAAUGAAAGUGAUGAAAUACCACAACUUGAAAGUAAAGUCUACCAAGCUUCAAGUCCUGAUGAGAUUGCUCUUGUCAAAUGGACAGAACUAGUUGGCCUCACACUUUACAAGCGAGAUUUGAAUUCCAUGCAUUUAAUGCAACCCAACCACGAAGUUGCCAUCUAUAAAAUACUACAGAUCUUCCCAUUCACCUCUGAAAGCAAAAGGAUGGGGAUUAUUGUACAAGAUGAUAGGACGGGUGAAAUAAUAUUUUAUAUGAAGGGGGCUGAUGCUGUUAUGGCAGGAAUUGUUGAGUUUAAUGAUUGGCUUAAUGAAGAGUGUGACAACAUGGCGCGUGAGGGUUUACGAACUUUAGUGGUUGGGAAACGAACGCUCACACAAGAUGUUUAUUAUGAUUUUGAGAGAAGAUACCAACAAGCUAAACUUAGCGUGACGGAUCGAGCUUUGAAAGUAACUGCUGUUAUCGAGACACUAGAGCGCGAUAUGGAGCUGUUGUGUGUAACAGGGGUGGAAGAUCAACUACAAGUGGAUGUGAGACCAACAUUAGAAAUGUUGGGAAACGCAGGGAUUCGUGUUUGGAUGUUGACUGGAGAUAAACUUGAAACAGCAAUUUGCAUCGCUAAAAGUUCAUGUUUGGUGUCCAGAGAUCAAGACAUCCAUGUUUUUCAACAGGUUUUCUCCCGUACAGAAACUCACCUUGAGUUAAAUGCCUUCCGUAGACGAGCACCCGACACAGCGCUUGUUAUACGAGGAUCAUCACUUGAUAUUUGUCUCAGAUAUUACGCCAUUGAGUUUGUGGAGUUAGCUUGUCAAUGUCCAGCAGUAGUUGUAUGCAGGUGCUCACCUACCCAAAAGGCACAGAUUGUAACACUGCUGAGAAACCAUACCGCAAAACGAAUUUGUUCAGUUGGUGAUGGUGGAAAUGAUGUUAGCAUGAUACAAGCUUCUGAUUGUGGUUUAGGAAUUGUUGGAAAAGAAGGCAAGCAGGCUUCACUGGCAGCUGACUUUUCUGUCACUCAGUUUUGCCAUAUUGGUCCCUUGCUUAUGGUGCAUGGUAGGAACAGCUACAAGCGUUCUUCUUCACUCAGUCAGUUCAUUAUACAUCGAGGUCUGAUUAUAUCAGUUAUGCAGGCUGUUUUUUCAUCUAUAUUUUACUUCUCGUCUGUUCCUCUUUACCAAGGAUACCUUAUGGUUGGCUACACCACAGUGUUCACCAUGUUCCCUGUAUUUUCGCUCGUUCUUGACCAAGAUGUCAACUCCAGUGUUGCUUUAAGAUUUCCAGAGCUGUACCAUGAACUACAUAAGGGGAGAUCAUUAUCUUUGAAGACCUUCCUGUUAUGGGUUCUAAUAAGUGUUUAUCAAGGAGGUGCAAUAAUGUACGGUGCAUUGUUGCUUUUUGAUACCGAGUUUAUUCACGCUGUUAGCAUUUCAUUUACUUCACUCAUAUUUACGGAACUCUUAAUGGUUGCUCUUACCAUAAGAACUUGGCAUUGGCUCAUGUUUGUAUGUGAAGGAAUCAGCUUGGCAAUCUACUUUGCUGCCCUCGCUGUGCUUAAGGAAUACUUUGAUCCAGAAUUCCUGAUGUCUCUUGAUUUUGUAUGGAGAGUUGUCGUCAUAACCAGCAUUAGUUGUCUACCACUGGCUAUUAUUAAAUAUUUAAAGAAACGUUUGUCUCCACCAAUGUACUCAAAGCUGGAUGAAUAACACAUUUUCCGUUUUAAAAGCUUUCAACUACGCUGCAUUUAAAGCACACAUAGAAAUAGUAUAUGUUUUUGUAGAAGUAGUCCCUUUUUUAAGUGGGUGAGGUCCUUGUCGAGGACCUGGAAUUCAGACCAGAUUUGGCUCAAGAAAUCAGUAGUUAGGUAAAUUUUUCUAAACCAAAAUUUAGCAUUUCUACUCUAGUACAAAAAUUACAAAAUAUUCCAGUUCUUUUAUGCGUGUUAAUACUGGAAAUAUUUAAAGCAUUUAUGUCCAGUUAUGGUUGUGUAUUGUAACUGUUAAGUGAGAAGUUAAAAUUUAAACAAUAUAAUCCGAAUCAUUGCACAAUAUAUUUUAUACAUUUGUUUUCUUA